CUGGCAUGUCUGUGGUGAGGGUAUUCAUAUCAUUCCAAGAAUAACAAGCUAGUGAUUGAGCCCAUUUUUCUCUAGCUAGCUGCAGUCAAGGUGCUAGUGGAGAAUAUGGAACAACACCGUGACGCUGAGCACUUGAAGGAGGAUGUUAAAUUGCAAUCCCAGAAAUUGGAUAAAGCUGCAAGAAAUGGUAAUGUCAGCGAAGUGAAGUCCUUGCUGGCACGUGGGGUCAACCCCAACCACCCCGGAUGCUCUCCAUUACACAGUGCUUGUAAGAUUGGUCACAUGGAGAUGGUUAAGGCACUUGUUGAGGCUGGAGCAGACACUGAGUUGGCCAUGGACAGGUAUCCAGUUCAUUGGGCAGCCUUGAGGGGUCAUAAGGAGGUGUUGGUUUACUUGAUCAGGGAUUGCAAGUGCAACGCUAAUACCAGGGACAAUGACGAUGAUACUCUACUCCACAUGGCAUGCCUUGGUGGUCACCUAGAUGUGGUGCAGUACUUGGUGGAGGAGGCCCACUGUGACAUCAAUGUAAAAAACAAAAACAAUUCUUCUCCACUCCACAAAGCAUGCAUUCGUGGUCACCAAGGUGUGGUACAGUACUUGGUGGGGAAGACCAACUGUGACAUCAAUGUACGGAACAAUAAGAACGAUACUCCACUCCACUAUGCAUGCUCUGGUGGUCACCAAAAUAUGGUGCAAUACUUGGUGGAGGAGGCCCACUGUGACAUCAAUGUAAGGAACAAUGAAAACGAUACUCCACUCCACAAUGCAUGCCUUGGUGGUCAUCAAGGAGUGGUGCAGUACUUGGUGGAGAAGGCCAACUGUGACAUCAAUGCAACUAAUAAGUGUGACGAGACACCCCUUGGCAUAGCUGAACUGAGAGAUUACAAGUAUAUUGUUGACUACCUCAAGACUAGACAAGAAUCAUUUCCUGGACAACCAGAUGAGGGGUCCCUGUCAUCAGAAAGGCUCCAAUACUCAGCAGAUCCAGUCCAGAGAUCUACAAUAUCAUCAUCAGCAGGUGGAGACAGCCAGGUCCAUACUCAAAGAGGGAGUACAUGCAGGAAGCGUAAAAACACCGAAUUUAUUGUGAAAACACCAUCACCAGAGGAGUCAAGGAAAAGGCGCAAGUGCACAGCUUCAGCUAGUGACAAAGUCAUUACUACUCAAAGAGUACCACCUGCUAAUCGAGUCGCUCUCCAAGAACUAAUGAGGCGAUACAAUCUGACUGAUGAGCAAGUCAACAGUGAAAUAGUGGAUUCUGAUAUUCCUGAAAUGGCCUUAUGUUUUGAUGAUGUGGACAUGUAUUCAACUGCAAUGGGACUAGCUAUUGCUGAACAAGCCGAUGUGAAAGAAUCACGUGGAAAUCAAGCAGCAAUGAUGAAGUGCUUGAAAAUCUGGAAGGGACAUAAUCCUUCACGAGCAACUUACAGAGCUCUACUGGGUAUCGCACUAAGAUUGGGGAAAGGAAACACAGCUGAUCAAGUCUGUCAGCAAUUGACCCAACAUCGUACACUGGACUGAUGAACUGCAUGGUACUUGGUUACACUGUGUCGAACUGUACAGAACACUCAUAUUACGAUAUUGACAUAAUUAUGUAAUGUGUUGCAUUUUAGUUGACUGCAUGUAAAAUAGAUAAUUAUCCAUUUUGGUACGCUAAUGCUAUUCACUACAUUCCAUGCAUCUUAUGUGUUCCUAUGAA